AUGCUUUUGUUUCUCUCAUUCUAUAUUGUCUCUUCUAUGUACCCUAUUUCAUAUAAAGACGGGCAGCCACAUUUGAGUUUAGACUCAGACCUUAAAGUUCAACUAAAAUUAGAUGAGGAUUUGUCUGAAUUUUUGCAUAGACAUUCAUAGAAUGAUCGAUGUCCAGAAUAUGAAUAUAAUGAGUGUUAUGCUGAAGUCUAUCAAAAUGGAGAAAGAAAAAAAGUUAAACUGGAGAAAGAGAUCUUCUAUAUUUAUGAUAUUCAAUCUGAUGAAGACAACUCUCAGACAAUCAUUUACUCUGAUUAAUCAUUAUAAGAAACUAAGAUUCAGGAGAGUUUCCUUGCUCUGGCCCCAUUUUAGAAUCAUCAAAACACCUUUUAUUCGAACGGAUUUAGUUUGUGUCUCUCAGAAACCGAAGGAUAUAUUAUUACAGAUUUUAAUUCAAUAUCUCAGAAUACUGAGUAAUUAAAUAGCGAAGGAGUAUUCAAUAAGUUAAAAGAAGAAAAGUAUGUAACGUAUAGUCUACAUCUUCAAUAUAUGGAGAUUGCUUUCAAGGUUUAUGAUACUACAUCUUAUUCAAUCUACAUAGUGUCUGAUGAUUUGAUUUCAAUUCCCAAAGAAAUAUUUCCCCAAAAGUAUUUUUAUUCCAGAGGUUUUGUCUUUGAUUCAACUGGUUUCUAUUAUCGAGAUCAUAGAGAUCAUUCGGAUGAUGAUUUGGAGCCUCUAUUGUUUUAUAAUAAUGCCAAUCAAGACAAUCCGUUGAUAGUAGAUCCUGCUAACUAUGUCUUCCAUGAUGAAGAGAGUGGAUAAGACAUACUAAAGAUCUACUCAGAAGAACAAUAUGGGAAUGCUAUCAUAUUAGGAUUGCCAUUCUUGAAGAACAAGAAGUUUAAUGUUCAAACUUAAGAAAAUUAUGUAUAUAUCGAGUAACUCAGAAACGGUCUAUGUAUUCAGGAUGAAAGUCAAUCCAUUGGAGUUUGGGAAAUAAUAUUUAUAGUACUCCAACUGAUUUUACUACCAUUCUUAGUAUAUUUUACGUUCAAAAAGUUAAGAUAACAUGAGCAAUAGAAGCAAUAGCAAAGAUAAACUUAAUAAUUCAUAACUGAAUUACAAUGA